UCAAAGCGCUCUGGACGCACAGUGCGCAUGCCACGGCGCUUCGUCGACUACCUUCCAGGGAGCGCUACCCACCUCGCUCAUAUGCCUCCAACCAACCGGCAGCAACGAGGACGUGAUCCGCCUGAACAGGCGGAUCAAUCUGAUCGCGAUCAACCACCACCACCAUCCCCAGGCCCUACUUCUGAUCCAGAAGACACCGCCCCUGCCCUUAUCCCAUUCCAGACAGAACCCGACGCUAUGGGACUUUACCGCGUAUAUCCAAUGCGUCCGACUCUAGCCCCAGAAGCCAACGUGACUUUGCAGGGCGUAACUGAUGCUCCCACAUUAGAUGGGGAACGUGUCACCCCGAUCGCUCAUCCAGGACUUCCUUCCCCCGAGAUUUCCUCCGAUCAGCUUUUCGAAGCGUUUACGAACCCUUCUGCGGGUAUUCUGAUGGCGUGGCAACUGGAAGACUUGAACGGCUUGAAUCACACACGCGAACUCAAACUACUGGACGAGUACCUCAAGAAUAAGUCUAACCCUUUUCAGGAAGAGUAUGGAUGGCGCCAAUCUACCGUCAAGAUUCGUUUACCAAAAGAGAAAGUGAAGUUCGCAUCAGAAGCCGAUGCCCCUGAGCUCGAGAUUCCAGGCGUUCAUCACCGCUGCCUUACCGAUCUCAUCACACACGUGUUCGAAAAUGAGGUAUCGAAGACAUUCAAUAUGACGCCAUUCCAACAAUUUUGGAAAACCCCUGACAACCGCGAUAUCAAAGUUUUUGGCGAGUCUUAUGCCUCCCCAGCUAUGCUUGAAGCUUACACAGAAAUCAACGCACUUCCACGCGCGCCUGGAGAUGAGCUUGAGCGUGCCGUUGCUUCCGUUAUGGUCUGGUCGGAUGCCACGCACCUGGCUAACUUUGGUGACGCGUCUCUCUGGCCGUUUUACGUGUAUUUCGGUAACCAGUCCAAGUACACGCGAGGAAAACCAACAGCUCGUGCAUGUCAUCAUUUGGCAUACAUUCCUACACUUCCAAAAAAUUUACAAGAUAUCUACGUGGAUAUAUUUGGUGAGGCGACAACGGCCGACGUACAUACUCACCUCAAAAGGGAGUUAAUGCACGCCAUAUGGGGUCUGAUCUUGGAUGGAAAGUUUAUGGAGGCGUAUGAGCACGGAAUUGUGAUCUGGUGCUCUGAUGGGAUCACACAGCGAGUUUUUCCUCGUUUUUUCUCUUAUUCCGCUGAUUAUCCUGAAAAGUAA